UAGGUAAUAUUUAAAACUGUCUUCCCCCUGAAAGAAUAGGAAAUUUGCUGAUACUGAAUUACAAUACUAUUUACAAAAGGAGUUUGUGCCAAUAAACCAAUAAGGGAGAAUUUUUCAUUGUGCUUUCAUUUCUGAGAGGUCACAAUCACCUGCCAUCUAAUUCUCAAAGAGGGAGUUUAUGCCUUUAUAUGUGCUAUAAUGACAGUGUUAUAUACUGCUAGUAUACUGGUAACUGAGGAACCAGAAAAUGGGUUCCUAGAGAUGGCUAUAGGACAGCAGAGAAUGGUUUUCUAUAACACUUCCUGUCUUCAUAUUUCUCCACAGCAUCCAGGAGUCCAUUCCUAUCCUCAGAUGUUCAUGCUUGCACAACUGAGUUUACAAAUAUCUGUAUAGGCAGCAGCAUAAUCUUCAUUUGUUCUGCCACGCUAUGUACCAGGAGAAAAGUAAUCUGAUCUAUACCUUCAGUGGAGAGGGGAAACAAUGUAAAUGGGGAAAGCUGUGAAGAAUCGUGAUUAUAUUGAAGACACUGCAAUCAGGUGGGAAAGAAGCCAGCAUGCAACCCGAUCACAUGCCACCUUUUGGGAACCCGAUUUAAGGUGCGUGGAACUUGGUUCUAUGACUCAUGCCGGGAAGAAACAACUUUUUCUUCUGAAACAUCCAGCUGGUUCUGCUGGCCAAGUUCUCUCACCAAUAGAGAGAGAAAGAAUGGAUAUGAAUGAGGCAGAGUGCAGUGAGCAAGGAGAUACCACUGAUCCUCAAAACUGCCAGAGUGGGUUUACAGGUGUGAACAAAAGCAGGAAUUCGCAGGAGGUCAGAAAGACGUACCCAUUAAGGAAACGUCUGAUCACUUCUGUGGACAAAAAAACGUGCAAAGUGCUUCUCACCAGACUAGAGGACGUGGCUGGAUCACUGUCAAAGGAGGCUCAAAGUGGCACAAAAAGAGACCUAUCCAAUUGGAUGGAUGACUUCAUAUCUCCCUGUUUCCCAGAACAAGUUCAGACUUUGGGAGUGGGAAAGAUUGAUCCAUCUGGGGAAAAGUGCACAAUAAUGUGUCCUGGAAUAGAACAGGCACCCAGUGCUGCUCCUUUGGAGCCCAGAAAACGGAGACUGGCUUCUCUGAAUGCCAGGGCAGUGAAUAACCUCCUGUUUGAGCGGGAUGAUGGCUUAUUAUCUGGCAGGCGCUUUCGGAAAGACACUGUCAAAGCCAGUGUAGAUUGUAGCACGAAGGGCUUGCACUGCAAAGCUAGUGGCAACUGGCCCUCAUUGGGAAAACCAGCUGUAAAAACAGUUAAAGGAAAGAAUCAGAGUGGCUCCAGUCACAAAUGCAAUAGCUCUGACCAUACAUUGGAUGAUGUCUUUGAAGAUGGAACAAAGAGGGAGGAUAGUGGAAUUCCCUAUCAUCCUACCCCAAAGAGAUUGGCCAGCCUCAAUGCUGUGGCAUUUUUGAAACUGACCAGUGAAAAAGAUCAACCUCUGAAGCCAAGGAGUAAAUCAGAUGGAGAGGGCAAGUCUGAGAAUCACUGUUCCAAAUCAAGGCUUAAGUGGGCUAAAGCCAAUAGGAAGAAUUGUGUUAAAUCCAAAAAGGAAAUGUCCAAUGUAAAAAUGGAGGGUCCACAUGGCUGGCAAGGAUUUCCUGCAAGUUCUUUUAGGAAAGCAGACCACCAGGACUCCUCUAGACUCCAUGGGAAAAUUGAUUCUCUCCAUUAUGAACCAUUAUCUAAUUCCUAUGAUAGCACAGAGGGUUUCUACCACAGACUGCCUUUGCUUAUGGGUGGGCAAGCUUCCAUGAAGCCUGAGUAUGGGAGACCUGGGGAAAAAUCCCCUACUCCCAAACAGGAAUUUCAUCAGCCUUCCUUCCCCGUGCAGCAGUUCCAUCCCUUGCCUGUGCCAGGAAAUCACACAGAGUGUGGAUGUCUCUGUGAAACUUCAGAUUUGACUCCAUUGAACAGGUUUUAUGUUUAUUAUGGCCAAAGUGGAUACAGUGGCUACUCUCACUGCUCAGUUUACCCUAAGGAUGAGCUUUCACAGCCUACUUGUGAGGGGCUCUUAGUAUCUCCAACUUCCUUACCAUCAGGUACACCUUUCCAGCCACUUCACUGGUGUAACUCUCCAUAUUGUUGUGGGGAAGGAACAGCUGUUAACAGUUACAGUCUUUGUGGAGUUAUGCAGGUGCCAGAGAGUAGGAUUAGCAGUGUGCAUACAGGACGGAACAGCUACUCCUACAAAAUGCCUUUUGCAGCAGUCAUUAUCAAGAAACCACCAUACAAAUAUUCGGAACCCCAGACCAUGGCCCGAGAGUGUCCACAGAGCUCCAAGCCCCCCAGUGGUUCCAAAUCUGGUCUCCGAAAUACUACGGGCUGUUUACAUGCCUGUGAUAGCAAAGCAGCAGGAGGUCACUCUCAUCCAAAGCAGCAGCGCAUCAGCAGGAGGAGAGCAACUAAUGGCUGGAUACCCGUGGGUGCAGCCUGUGAAAAGGCCGUGUAUGUUGUGAAUGAGCCGGAACCAGCUAUUCGUAAGAGUUACCAGGCUGUGGAGAGAGAUGGGGAAAUUAUCCGGGUACGAGAUACUGUCCUUUUGAAAUCAGGACCGCGAAAGAAAUCUAUGCCUUAUGUGGCAAAGAUAUCAGCACUGUGGGAAGACCCCAAAACAGGGGAGCUAAUGAUGAGUCUCCUGUGGUAUUACAGACCAGAGCACACUCAGGGAGGUCGCAAUCCCAGCAUGCAUCAGAAUGAGAUCUUUGCAUCCCGACAUCAGGAUGAAAACAGUGUUGCCUGCAUUGAGGAAAAGUGCUAUGUUCUGACCUUUGCAGAGUACUGCAGAUUUUGUGCGAAAACAAUGAUGGUUCCUCCGUCAGAAGAGUAUUCCACACCUCCACAUCGCAAGGUGCCAGAGGACACUGAUCCUGACCUCGUUUUCCUCUGCCGCCAUGUCUAUGAUUUCAGACAUGGGCGCAUCUUGAAGAAUCCACAGUAGCAAAACUCUUCAUCCCAGCUGUGGUGAUGACAAGUGACACCAGAGAGCCAAUGGCAGGCUGACCAUCUGGGACAUCCACGCAUGCUCAGCAACUUUUCUAGUACUGCGCCCAGGCCAGAAGGAAUGUCCAGGCACUCUUAUCCUCAAAGACUGAAAAGAUUUCCACAUUCAGGAACAGAUCUUUGUCAAGGAAGGCAGCAGUUCAAAGCACAGCACUUCAAUAAAGAGCAUAAAUUAAAACAUAUACCUAUAAAUAAAUAUGUAUAUAGAUAUAGGUACUUGCAUAUGUAAAUCUAUAUCUAUAUAUGUAUCUAGAGAUGCAUAUAUUGAGAGGGGUUUUACAGGGGAGAAAAGCCAGUAUACUAAAUCCAAAGCCAUGAUUGGUGGGGUGGACAGAAUAUGCAGGAGAGAUGCUGUGGUGCAGGCAUGAGUCAAGCUGUGAUGGGUCUAUGGUUUUCAUGUCCUGAUGUGAAGAGAGAGACAAAGCCCAGUUCAUUUGCAUGGAGCAGGAUAGUCAUGCUUGCCCAGCAGAAAGGGCAGAGUGUGGGGAUUCUUGAUGUCACUGCUGCUUCAAAAUCCAACGGUAGUUCUUCAAGUUGUGCCAGGUGCAGAACAGCCAUCUGCCAUACUGAAUAGUUUUUGCUGUGUAAAGGGAGAGGGGGGGACCCCUUCUCCCUGUACAAUUUUUCUUUGGUCUAUGAUCUGCUACCCAAAUUGGGGUCUUUAGGCAGGCCGAGAACUAUGUUCCAGAUCUAAGGCAGGAAACGGGGUGAGAAAUAGUGGGCCUUACCUCACACCAUUAUGGAAAGCUGCAUGUCUGUCAGAGGGCCUCAGCCAACACGGCAUACCUCCAAGAGACACGUACUGUUCUAAGAUAUAGAGCGCGUAAGGUUUGCUCUGUAGGUGAAAGCCAUGCUUUUCUUCUCUCCGGGAUACUCAUCUCCUUGCCCUACUGGACAUUAGAGGCCUUCCCUAGCAGUGUAAAUGGUUUAUUCUCUCCCUUCCUAGUUCAGUUUUCUUUGUGGUAAUUUAGUCCCCAUAGAACCUAGAUGUGCACAUUCCACCAUAGGUGAGUAAGCUAGAGGCAGGAGAAGAAAUUAAAAAUAUUUCCCUAGGAUGAAACGGCCCAAAAGUGAUACCUGGCCUGACUGGUCUUUGGUAUGGUCAUACUGUUUAAAAAAUUAGCAGUACUCUCUCUUGGCGAUGCCUUCCAUCCUCCACCUCUACCACUUAAUACUGACAUUUGAACAUGCUCACCAAGGUGGCUUUGUGGCUUUUGAAAGGAACUGACCAAUGAGAGGUGUGCGUUGUUGAAAAAUGCUACCUGAUUCCUACAGAUACUUUUGCCUCUUGCCUUAUGUGUAUAGAUCCUAGAGAUACUUUAGUUUAUCUUAACACAAACUAUUGAAGUUAAUUCUAAAGAAAACCAAAGGACAGCAUAACAGAGUCCCUUGAAUCAGUCACACAAAGCUGGGAAUCCAUUUAUAGAUUGCACUAAAUUAAAGAAUGAGAAUCAACACUGUAUCAGUCCAUGUACCUGCUGACUGCUGGAGUUACUCAUUUAAACUAGGGACCUGCAUUUUCAGUUUUGGGGGCGCCUGAACUAGUGUUAAACAAUACAAGUGUUCAUAUUGCUUUAAUGUUGUUGUCCUUUAAGUGGAAAUAGCACUACCUGUACUCACUGCGGACACUGACGGAGCUGGAAUCAAGGGGAUUUCCCUCUUAUUCUGAUCAUUGAGGAUACACCUCCCUAGCCUGGAGAAAAUAUCCCUCCUGCAUUAAAUUCCGUUAAGUAAAAAUUGUACAGCCUGUGUUUCUGUUAACACAGGUGUUAUCCAUAGAUUUGCUCUACAUACCAAAGAGGGGAAUGUUUAUCGAAGGACAAGAGUACCUUGAAGAUGGGAAGGUCUGAGGCCCAACCUGGAAGUGUGGCACAUGUUCACCUGAUCUUAUGGACAAUCCCUGCUCAGUAUUCCAGAGAACGAUGAACAAUUCCAAAGUCCCCACCAAUGCGCCCUGGGGGGAAACCCCAAGCCUUUGUUUUCAAGAGAUUUAAUUUAGGCACCUGAGCACAAAUAAUUUAAGCAUUUAAUCCCACUUAUACCUCAAGGUACUGUUGGUGUCAAGUAAUUGUGUUUUCCUUUGCAAGUACCUGGAAGGAGAUCAGGCCAUUGGCACUACAGGGCGCACUUCCAUACAGCACAGGAGCAGUGUCAAGAGUAACCUCAGGGCUCUCACUUGGCCAAGUGAGUGCACCAUGGAGCAGGUGCUCGCUGAUUCCAGAUGGGAGGAGAGUACCGCUCUUGCUCCCUCAUAGUAAACAGUGUUGUGGUUGUAGAGCAAUAUUGUAGUUUCUGUAGCUGCUGCCUGCUUUUCUGGUCCCAUGGUGAGGGGUAGUUGGGGCUACAGGAUGGAGAGAGGUGCACAAGAAAAAUGGAACUGUUGGACCAAUACAAUGGAAACAACCCAGAUUGACUAUAUGGGAAAGUCUUAGGAACCUCUCUGUGGACAAGCUGGUAUGUCCUGAGUCAGGGUUUGGAACCCCUUGGACAGCCAUCCUGAGUAGGAUCAAUGGGGUCAGGGAUAGUCCAUGCUAAGAUGUCUGGGGUCCUCUUCUGCAAAAGGAGUAGCUUUGUUUACUGGUGUUGUGACUGAGUUUCUCAAGCCCUCCUGCUCAUUCAGAGCUGCACACUACUGCAAAGUUAGUAAAGCAUUUGCUACCCCAGCCUCAGAAACUACAGUAACUUGCUGAACAUUUUACUUCUCCUGGUUUUCCCUCCCCAUCUGCCCUAUCUCAUUUCUGGGGAGGAGGGAGAGAAAAAAAAUUAAACUUGUCCAAAGGAGAGGGGGAAAAUUGUAUUUAUCCAGGUUGUGGGCUGUGCUGUCACUCCUGUCUGGGGAGGAAGAAGUCCUGUGUUUUCUGAUGUUACGUCAGAAUCUGCAUCAGGCCAACAAUAUUGUUCAAGACACACGUGGUUGCUUAUGCUGUUGUGCAAACAGCAUGUAAAUGAAUCAAAAUGUCUUAUCCAUAAGAAGAAUAUUUCAUGCUUUUUUAAUCUAUUAGAUAUGGAAAUAUUUUUUGAAACUGAAAAUGCAGUCGGUAGAAUUUAAAUUGAAACGUAAUACAUGUAAAAUAUAUUUUAGUUGAGAAUUUUGUAAAAUGCACUUUUUUGUGUCUCUUCCCUGGUUUCCCAGAUCUGUAUUUCAGUGUUUACAGAUGGAAUGAGAACAUUCCCUAUACCCUCCUUCUGUGAGAAAGAUAUAUUAGAAGUAAUUCUUAAAAAAUAAAUUUGAAAAAUUGUAUUGAUUUAGAAAACACAUGUCAAUUGUUGUGCAGUUUUUAUUUUUCGCUGUCACUCCGGGUCCCAUAUGGCUUAAUACUGGCCAGUUUUCAGACAGGGUG